GCUAAAGUCUGACAAGUAAAAACCUGUGUGGAGUUAGAGAGACGUGAACUGCCCAUCUCUGCUGCAGCCUGCAUCAGCUGCGACUGGGAUAACAGACCUCAAAGAUCCAGCUGCGUUGUGGGUCUACUGCUGCUGCUGCAUCUCCACAGCAGAACCAGACUAUUUCUGCAGAAAACUGAGGGACAACUGCAUCCUGAUUGGAUCAUUUCAAAGAUCCAACAUGGAUGUCUCUGAGCCGAAUCUGGAUGACUACAGUGUGUACAGUCAGCUGUCUGAUGAGGAGCUGCUACAGAUUGCUGUCGAGAGAAGCCUCAUCGACAAGCACUCUCAACCAGUCCCUGAUCAGAACUCAUCUUCAUCAUUAGCGCCUCCUACUCCGGCAGAUGUAACACAAACAAACCCAGACCCCAGACAAAGACAUCCUCAGCCAUCCGGACAACAGCACCAGGUCCCUCCAUCUCAACCACCCCCAGCGGUCCAAAACUCUGCAAACCCACCCACAGCACUGUCGAAUUUUCUCUAUCAGACCUUCAAGAGAGAGAUGAGUCCCAUACAGACAGUGAUUAUAAAUGGGGACGUGGAAGCUCUGAUGACUUUGGUCAGACAGAAGUCCAGCAGCCUGACGGAGCUAAGUGAUGAAGGCUGGAUCGCUCUUCAUGAAGCUGCAUAUUACGGACAGCUGCAGUGCGUCAGGAUCCUCAUCAGAGCUCAACCCGAGUUCGUGAACAAACGUAGCUCAUGCAGUCAGACGGCUCUGAUGCUGGCUGCAGAACGAGGACACGUUUCCUGUGUUGAGUUUCUUCUGAGCCACGGAGCCGACCCAAACAUCGCCAACACGUCCAGAGAAACGUCGCUGUUCACGGCCUGUGAGUAUCCGAAUGAAGCCAUCGUGGAACUGCUGCUGAGGUCUGGAGCUCAGGUGAAUCGCACCAGCACCCAGGGAGGAAGUGCUCUUCAUGAAGCUUGCAGACAUGGUGAGGUGAAGAUCUGCAAGAUGCUACUGGAUGCCGGAGCUGAUCUAAAAUGGAAAAACAUCUAUGACAUUCAACCGUUCUUCACUGCUGCACAGCAUGGACACCCAGAUGUCGUCCGCCUGCUUGCGAGGAGAGGUGCCGACAUUAACGGGCAGGCUGGAGACGGAGCCUCGCCGCUGUAUGAAGCCUGUAAGAAUGGCCAUGUCUCAGCUGUAGAGGCGCUGAUCGCUCUGAAAGCCGAUACCAACCGAGCUACGAAGUCCGGUCUGCUGCCUCUUCAUGUGGCUGUUCAGAACAAUCACAUACGAAUCGUGUCGAUGCUGAUCCCGGCCACCAGCAGGGUCAGAGUAAUGCGCAGUGGCAUCAGUCCUCUGCACAUCGCUGCAGAGAAGAACAGGGACGAAAUCAUGGAGCUGCUGAUCGAGCAUGGCUUUGACGUCAACACUGAGCUGUCAGAGGAAUGGUCCAGGCUGUACGAGGACCGGCGGACCACGGCACUCUACUUCUCUGUCUACAACGGGAACCUGGAGGCCACCGAGAUGCUGCUGGAGGCCGGAGCUAACCCCAAUAUUGACAUCUUCAACCCACUGCUUAUCGCCGUCCGCCUGGGCUGGAUAGACAUGGCAGAGCUGCUGCUAAGGUACGGUGCCAACGCCAAUGCUGAGAUCUCCACACAGCCAUCCUCGUUCCCGUCAGCCAUCCUGCUGAACAUGGAGUCUCUGCCCAUGCUCAAAAUGCUGCUGGACUAUGGCUGUAACGCCCAGCCCUGCUUCGACUGUCCCUAUGGCCAAAAAACACAUCCACCCAUCCCACCAUCACAGCGCCAUGACGACAGAGCGCAUUUAAGGGAAAAUUCGGCACCACAGCACUGCAUUCUGUUCUGCGAGGCCGUCUCUGUUUCAUCUUUCCGCCGGAUAUACGGUCCGAUCAUCUCGUUGCUGCUGGACUACGUCAGUCACGUCCGCCUCUGCUCCCGGCUGCUCGAGGUUCUGGAGAGUUGCAGCGACUGGGCACCGAUCAAACUGAAAGCUCUUCCUCCUCAUCCACUGAUGCAGCUCUGCAGACUGAAGAUCCGACGCCUGGUCGGAGGCCAGCGGCUCAAACUGCUCCACACUCUGCCACUUCCUGCCAGACUCAUCCGCUUCCUGAACUACGACGUGCAGUGUUAACUCACCUGAGAUCACCUGUUACUCCUGAGUCAACCCAACUGAUGAUAAACUGCACUGAUAUUUGCAAAUGUUUCGGAUGCAGAGAUCUGACUCUCUUCAUGUCCAGACUAAACUAAACUGGGGUGAUUCUGUCAGGGUGUUGUGGUCACAGUGUAAAAAGUUUUCUAUGACAAAAAAACGUCUAUUAAAUAGCAAUAACAUGUAUUUUGUUA